AUUUUUGUUGACGGGAUGCAAAAGUCAAGCAAGAAACCGUAAAUUGCCAGAAUUUUUAAGUAGCAAAUGCCUUCUUGGGUGAGUCAUAAACAGUCCUACUUGACGAAAUCUUCGAACAGGAAAUGGUUUAAACGGGGACAUGACGCAGACAUCAUCUUCAUCAGUACACCUUUUCUAAACUGUCGGCAAGCGAAUUAGCUAUGCGUAUAAACAUCUAUAUAACCUUACAGUAGAACAGAAAGCAAUGUCAAAUCCUGUCCCCGAAUUCACGACCACCCCUCUCAACUCCAUUCGGUAUUCCCAAUCAAAUAUAUCAGCAUGUUUCUCUGCACGAGGGGGACGUAAAGAGACGGCUGUCCUCAAUAAGAAAUUGCUGACAGACUUGCCGCCUAUGGUUGUUGUGCCCUUGGAAUCAAAUAGCGUAACUACAGCGGAUAAUCGACGACGCCGUCACUAUGAACAUCAUAAUCAAACCUCGUGCGAUGUUUUGAAAGUGCCGCACGGUCAUUCGAUUCAAAAGUAUCUGGUGGACAAGAUUUAUCAGCUUCCACUGCUGAAAGACAAGAAAGCCGCAUCCAAAAUUUCGGGAUUUUACUGUAUGCACAUCGGAUAUUGGAGUAAAGAGAACAAAGAUUUAGUGCUGCUCACCUGGCGUAUCCGUACUCUAGGACAAUUUGUAGAAGCACGCUGUCUAGCUCAGGAGGAUGAUUUUCCAAUUUAUGGCAGAAUAGCACCGGUCCCCACUGUAGGGUCCCAUUCCCGAAAGGAGUUGAAUAUCCGCUUGAAUGACAGAGAACCUCCAGACUUUUCCCAAGCCAGCAGCGAAAUCUUUCGGAGCUCACGCAUAUAUGUUGCCACAAAUACGGACGCAACUCCAAAAGCAAGUCUUUUCACCCACGAGGUGCGAUCAGUUGAUAGUAUUCGCGACUGGUUAGCAGCUCUUCGUUCUCCGGAAAUCCGUGGAUGUUACACAAUUAUCACCGGAGUAAUUCUCGACCAGCGACGACAACCGAGUACUUCCCCGCAUGAGUCGGAAGAAGAUUCGGACAUAGAUUUAGGACAGCAAGAGUUUCCACCUCUUGGUCAAACAGAAGUGAAAUCUGCAAGUUCCCAAGUCAGCAAAUCGAAAAACCGCAGGUCACGACCCGAAGACGCCGAUAUCGAUAAUCUGAUUGCAGAGUCAAUUGCAGAAAGUAUUUUAGAUGACCAUGCUGAUGAGGACCUUGAUGAGGUGUACAGAUGGACUGUAGGAGUGGAGGGCCAUAAUGCUGGACAUUAUACAGUGACUUCAAAUGAGGACCUCGAGCAAAUUCCUGUUGGCGGAAGUUUUGAUGCCACCAGAAGAAACAUGCUCCUAUGGAAUGAAGAUUGGCUUCGCUUUUUCUCGGCUGACGAUGAUUCUGGAUCCUCUGAGGCGGAUGAUGAUACAAGUCAAAAGAUUGCUGACUUGAGCGUGAGCUCGAAAACGCAACAAAGCACGAUCGCCCGGUAUUCUGAAACCUCUGAGGAGGAUGAUGAUAUAAGUCAAAAGUUUUCUGACUUGAGCGUGAGCUCGAAAACGCAACAAAGCACGAUCGCCCGGUAUUUUGUCAACUUCUACGUACAGCAGUCUGGCGUGACAUUGGGAGCGAUUGCUCUGGCUUGGAUGAGCAAGGUCGGUGGGCCCGUUAAGUGUGCGAUAAUGAAGAAUCUACCUGGAUCGACAAUUGUCACCUUCGUGAUGGAGGGUCAAGAACCCAAGGUCCUCCCAUCUUUUGACGUGAAAAAUAACGGAGAAACAGUUCACGUUCAUAUUGGAUGUGUUGGUUUUGACACUAGCGCAAUCGAUCAAGCGAGAGUAUGCGGAGAUGAUGAUGAGAUCCCAACCACUUUCCAGUGGCAGGAUUUUGAUAAUCCAUCUGCGACAGUCGAUGCACCCUUUACGUUAAGAAUCCCUGCUGAAAGAAUCUCGACGAUCUCGACGAUUGAGACCUCGAUGCCUUUCCUUAGAGACAAAAAGCGGCAUUCCUUGUCAAAAUCCAGUCAAGCGUGAGGGCUCAUUGUGUUGGAGACAUAGUUAGAUCAGGAAGGGAUAGUUUGGUUUUUGGUUAGUCUAUUUUUCAUAGACUAUGUAAUUAACACAAAGGAUUUGUUCCUAGACUAAUAUAACCUUUCUCUACUACCAA